AUGAAGGCUACAUUCAUUCGGAAGAAGGCCAAGAUUUUCCUGAAUCAGAUCACCAUGAGCACCCUGACAAUGCUGAACAUUCUAAUCGAAAGCGCCGUAACGCGGAAGAAGACCCAGACCUUCCAGAGCAUUCAGAGCAUUCAUCCCAUAGCCAAGAAGAGCCGCACCAUUACGAGAAGAGGUCGUCAGGACAUCAUCGUGAUCAUAUUCACAAAAGAGACGUUGAAGAAUCCAGUCACCACGAAGAUGAACCGACAUUCGCCUCCGAUGACGUUCACCAAGUAG